AUGGAUGUUCCCAGCUUUGAUUAUAGUAGUUAUAUAGUAGGAGAUGAGGAGGAGAAUCAGCUCUUACAUGUUCUUUUGAAAAACACUGUAUGCUCUCCCAAUGCCAUUUAUGAUCUGGGUGAUUCAAUAUCUGAUACUGGCAAUCUCAUCCGUGAAACUACAUCUCCGGUGGCCUCUGUGUUUGCCCAUCUUCCCUAUGGUAUUUCUUUCUUCGAACAGCAGCCUAUAGGACGAUGCUCCAAUGGUUUUCUUAUGAUUGACUACCUUGCUUUGUCUCUUUGUCUUCCUCUUCUUAAUCCUUACUUGAAAAAGGAUUCUGAUUUCACUCAUGGCGUUAACUUUGCGGUAGCUGGCUCGACUGCACUCGAUUCUUCCUUCCUUGCAGAGAACAAUAUCAAUUCUCCAGUUACCAAUAGUUCUCUCUCUAUCCAACUCGAUUGGCUUAAGUUCCACCUCAAUUCAACUUGUUACCCAGAUUGUGAGGAAAAGAUUAAAAGAUCAAUUUUCUUCGUGGGGGAGAUCGGUGGUAAUGAUUAUAAUUAUGCCUUCUUCCAAAGGAAAACCAUGGAUGACCUACAAAACAGUUUGGUGCCUCAUGUUGUUCAAUCCAUCAAAACAACUGUUAUGGUAAGUUUCCUUUCAGAUGAUUAA